AUGUGUGAAACUCGUUGGGUUGAACGCCACGACAGCUUGUUACGGUUUAAAGAACUAUAUUUACCAAUAACUAACACAUUAAGGGAACUUGAACAGCAUCAUAAUUUAGAAACAUCAAAACUUGCAUUUCAACUUUCAAAAACUAUCACCUCAAGUUCGUUUGUAAUUUCAUUGUACAUUAUAGAAAAAAUAUUUGCUAUAACAUUGCCUUUAUGUAAAUCUUUACAACAAAUAAAUGUAGAUUUAUCUGAGUGUUGUCAAUAUGUCAAUAACUGUGUGAAAGUUAUUAAUUCAAUUCAUGAAAAUAGUGAGGAAGAAUUCCACAAAUUAUUUUUAGAUGUCGAAAAUGUAUUAAGCUUAGUAGAUGAAACGGUUAAAAUGCCACGAUUAAUUAGGCAAUCUACCUAUCGUAACAAUAUUCCGGCAGAUUCGCCAGAACAGUAUUAUAGGAGAUCAAUUUUUUUGCCAUUUUUAGACUACUUCAAAAGUCAAUUAAUUGAAAGAUUUAUAAAACACAAUUACAUUAUUUCUGGGCUGCAAAAUUUGAUUCCAAGUUUUUUAAUUAAAUUAAAACCAAGUAGCAAUGAGUUUAAAAAAUGCAUUGAUUUUUACAAAAGCUUUUUAGCGACUUAUGAAACUUUUGAAUCAGAAUUGAAGGUGUGGGUGGAAAAAUGGAAAUAG